AUGCCUCGCUCUCUUUUUCUUCACUUCUUUCAUACCUCACCUUUAUUACCAGCACCCAUCAGGAGGCGUAUAUAUGAGAUGACGCUGAAGGCGGACGACGGCACCGGAAGCAACACCAGAGCAAACAAGACCAAGAAGCCCAUCAUGCCCUUCCCUAGACAAACCUUGAUCCACCUGCUGCUGGUGGCGUUGGCCGUCCUCGCGUCGACCGCCAUGUCGUAUGCGGUUGGCGGCGGCAGAUCCAACAGCCCUCAGCUCCAACAGCGUCAAGUCGCGCCGUCGCCAGGAUCCCAGUCGAGCACCGGCGCGGCGGCAGGAGCAGCGGCGACGGCUGUCUGCGUGUCGGUCGACUCGGAGAACCCCAUCAAGCAAACUUAUCCCAUGAACGCCACGGGCAUGCUCAACGCCACACUCGCCAUCCUCCCCAUCACCAUGGAGACGGCCCGGCGCAUCAUCCCGGCCAAGUACGCCAUCCUGGAGCGGCCGCUGCGGGCAGCGCUGCCCGACUUUCCAGAGGGCAUGUACCCGGUGCUGCUGCAGGCCGCACACGACCACGACGUUGGGCUGCACGGGUUGGGGUUCAAGCUUCCUGAUUUUUCGAGAGUCGGCUACGAGUUCCCCUUCAUCGACCUGCUGGGCGACGGCUACUCGUCGUUCCGCUGGGCACCUGCUCAGUUCCUGUCGGCCGAUAACGGAAUGGCCAUCAACGGGUCGCGCGACUACGGCACGAUCGUGCACCCGGCCACGUUCGACCCAGCCUGCGACGCGUUCCGCCCCUCGGACGACGGGCAGCUCCUCUUCAGCGCAAAGUCCGCCGACCCAGAGUCGUCGCUGAGGCUGGAGUUCACGCGGACAGCCUGCGCCGGCGCCGUCGACGCGCAGCCGUACCCGGUCGCCUUCUUCCGCAACAUCACCAACCAGCCCAGCUUCGCCGACGGCAAGAAGUGCGACCAGAUGAUCAGGCUGUUCAACACGACGCUGUCCCAGGGUCCGUGGGGUGCGCCGGCCGCCGUCAGGGGUCGCGUCUCGGCGACCAACGUCGGUUUCGGCAACGAGCUGGACGAGGGCGAGGUCGAGGGCAUCCACGUCGCGACCGCCUUUGUCGAGAACAACAACCUCGACUGCCAGUCGCUCAAGGGUUACAUGGGAACUGGGGGCUCAGGGGACUCGGACGUUUGA